UCUGGCAUCAGUGCCGGUGCCCGGCAGGUGGUGAAGAAAACGCCGUUCCCGCGCUGGGAUGAGGUGCUGAGUUCGAGCUGCCGGAGGGGGAGCUGGGAGAGGCUGUGCUGAGCGUGGAGCUUUGGGAUGGGACAUCGUGGGCAAGAACGACUUCCUCGGGCCGAUUGCCAUGGAGAAAGAGUGAAGACACCAAGGGAGAGGCAGGAAAGGUGCCAUGUGUCCCUGGGGUUGGGCACACUGGGGACAGCUGGGGCAUCACCCUGUGCCCACCUUGCCACAGCCUCUGUGCCCUUCCAUCCCAACACCCUCUUCCGCUCCAACUCGCUGGCCUCCAAAUCCAUGGAGCAGUUCAUGAAGGUGGUGGCGCUGCCCUACCUGCACGAGGUGCUGAACCGCAUCUUUGAGGAGAAGAAAUAUGUGGAGCUGGACCCCGGCAAGAUGGAGCUGAGCCAGGUCAGGAGGAUCUGCUUCAAGGGGUCCCUGUCAGAGGCGCAGGUGUGGGAGAGCAGCCUGGAGCUGCUGAAGGGCUACCUGGGGGACAUCCUCGAUGCCACCGUGGGCUCGGUAGACAAGUGUCCCCUCGCUAUGAGGGUGGCCUUCCAGCAGCUCCGCAGGCGGGUGGAGCAGCGAUUCCCCUCAGCACAGCACGAGGAGGUGAGGUACUUCUCCAUCAGUGGGUUCCUCUUCCUUCACUUCUUCACUGUGCUCACACAGAGCCCUGCACCGGCCGCACGCUCCUGCUGCUCGCCAAGGUGGGGACAGCAAAGGGACACCGCGGAGAAGUGGGGACACCAGGGAGGGAUGGGGACCCUGGAGAAGGAUGGGGACCUUGGAGAGGCAUGCGGACCUUGGAGAGGGAUGGAGACACUAGGGAGAG